UGCCAAGCCUGGCAUUAAUUUUCCUUCCAAGCUUGCUAGGCCCAUGAAGUAAACAGCCAUGUGCAUUCCUUACUCUAUAUUUAACAGCUGCAGCCUGUGCUGGGGGCAACUGCAACAGAGGGGAACCUUUGUGGCUUCCCAAAUUCACAGCUUGUGAGGGUGGGAGUGGGGGAAGCUCUCUGCGGGGACAAGAGGGAUUUCUCUCCUUGCCGGUAUUUGCAAAGCAGGUUGCGUUAAGGAGAGACUGCAAUGCCAGCAUCCCAGCCACGCUCCAGGGCCAGAGACAGGAACAAUGUCCUCAACAGGGCUGAGUUCCUGUCCCUGAACCAGCCCUUGAAGGGCAACCAGGAGGGCAGGAGCUCCAGCAGGAAGCAGAGCGGCCAGGCCGGGGCAGCCGGCGCCCAGAGCGGCGGCCCCAAGGAGCGGCGGCAGUCGCAGCAGCUGCCCGAGGAGGAUUGCAUGCAGCUCAACCCCUCCUUCAAGGGAAUCGCCUUCAACUCGCUGCUGGCCAUCGAUAUCUGCAUGUCCAAGAGGCUGGGGGUGUGCGCCAACAGAGCCUCCUCCUGGGGAGGUGCCCGCUCCAUGAUCAACCUGCUGGGGAUAACGGGGCACGGCAUCCCCUGGAUCGCGGGCACGCUCAUCUGCCUGGUGAAGAGCAGCACGCUGGCAGGCCAGGAGGUCCUCAUGAACCUGCUGCUGGCCCUGCUCCUGGACAUCAUGAUCGUGGCAGGUCUGCAGAAGCUGGCCAAGAGGAAGGGCCCCUACGACAUCACCCCAGGCCUGUUGGACUACCUGACCAUGGACACGUACGCCUUUCCCGCCGGGCACGCCAGCAGGGUGGCCAUGCUCUCCAAGUUCUUCCUCAACCACCUGGUCCUGGCCAUCCCUCUGCGCAUCCUGCUGGUGCUCUGGGCCCUCUGUGUGGGCCUGUCCCGUGUGAUGAUCGGGAGGCACCACAUCACCGACGUCCUCUCCGGCUUUGUGUUCGGCUACCUGCAGUUCAGGCUGGUGGAGUUGAUAUGGAUGUCUUCCAACACGUGUCAGAUGUUGAUAUCCAUCUGGUGAACGUGGAGGACUUGGAAGCUAGGAGAUACUUUGAGAGUUCCCCACCCCUCCCAGUAUUUUCUACGUGUUGUUUGUUGGAAGCUGUUGUAACUUCCAUGAGUAGUGAUGUUUUUUAAUGUUGCUUCCCCACCUUUAAAAAAAAAAAAUCUUGUAAUGGAUUGGGUUUUAGAAAUCAAGGGCCUUACCUGUGUUUUGGCCAUAUUCUCUGUUUGGACAGCAGCCUUAUUAAGCUUUACAGGUGAGAGAAAUGAGCUCCAUGUCUGCCUUCUUUAGGUGGUUCACAUUGGCACCUUGGUAUGUCCUCAGGAUGGGCAGUGCCUGAGAGCUUCCUGAGAACACAUUUGUGAACUUUUUAGAGGAUAAAUUAUUUUGGCCACAGUGCUUUUUUUUCUUUUUGUAAGCCCAGCAGUUGUGUCUUGUACAGAGUCAGGACACUGCUGGUGCUUUACAGAUAAUAAAUAAUCAUAAAAAUCC